AUGUUGACCAUUUGCGGGAGCUUUACGACAAGGCUUACGGAAGGGCAAGUCCUGCACCAACUCAUGAUACAAGAGACAUACAUUGACUUCUUUUUCUCUCAUCUGCAGUGGCCACCGCACGUCAAUCUUGUUUACCCUUUCGUGGCACCUGAGCAGCUCCCAAAAGCACAACAACAAAUUCGAGAGUAUUUGGCAGAAAAUCUUGACCAAGAGACUCCGAUUGAUAUAGAACUAGUUCAAGCGGGUACAUUCAUUCAAAAGAACAACAUGAACGUCUAUCUUACCGAUGACGGUGGCGAGGAUGUUGACUCGCCUCUCGUUUCACUGCGAACGAUCGUACUACGAGCUUUGGGACAGGGACCUUCUCGAUCUACCGCACAUCUUACUGUUGGCCAAACACAGGGCCAUCCUUUGAUAUCGCAGUCAUAUCUCCUACGCAAGGCGCGUUUACUGCCGGAUAUGCGGUUCCGCGUCGGCACGCUUGCUAUCUUGAUUCGUGAGAGGACGACUGGCACACUCUCAACGGAUCAUAUGCGUCUGUAUGGAACUAUCGAUAUCGGGGCUCCGAGUGAUAUCUGGAGACCUCAUAGCUCGGACUAUUGGGUGAAAACACCGAGCUCAAAUCUGCCUACGCUCCAAUCUGAUGGCGACGGAGGUCAACAAGAGACUAUAUCUGACGAUCACGAGGUGCUGACUGAACCCGUUCUCUGCUAUGAUCCAGCUGAAAACAAAUGGUCAGCAUACACAGAUGGAGAUAUGUGCCAGACUGGAGUCAGAGAAGUUACUGUUUCGAGCUACAACGUCUUGGUGGACACCGAGUAUCCGCCAGACCAUGAUCGCGACCCGUUGAUUGUCAGCACAAUCUUAUCCAAUUCAGCGGGGGCCGAUGUACUCGUGCUACAAGAAGUUUCCGAUGAUUUCCUUAGCUACCUACUGCGGUAUAGUCCCGAUGUCAUGCAGGUCGCCCAAAGAUAUCCGUUUGUUUCACAUGGACCGCCCUGCCAGAACGAUCUCGGUCCCCUUCCAAGUCUACGGAACGUCGUUAUUCUAAGCCGCUACCCAUUUUCCUGGCACUCAGUCUCUUUCCAUCGCAAGCACAAGAGCGCCCUUAUCGCACAUUUUAAUGGCGUUGCGAUAUCCAGCUCUGUGGAGUCGGAGGGUUUGGUUGUUGCUGGGGUGCACCUGACUGCUGGUCUUACUGACGGCUCAGUUGCUACCAAGAAAUCUCAAAUGGGAACUCUAACACGUUACUUGGAGCGACACUACAAGCGUGAAUCAUGGGUUGUUGCUGGAGAUUUCAACCUCGUCACAUCGACCUACACCAUCGACUUAUCGGUCAAGAACCAGUCCAUAUCCAGCGAGACUGUAUCGACACUAUCGGCGAUCGAGGAUGAGAUCCGCGAAGCCGGAUUAUCUGAUGCAUGGUCUGUCGCGCGUGUCGAAGGGGCUGACCAAACAAGUGCUACUGAGUCUGGUGACCUGUUCGAGGGUGAAGAAGGAGCGACAUUCGACCCCCAGAACAACCGACUUGCUGCUGGAACUACGACCACUUCCCACGAUCGCCCGCAACGCUAUGAUAGGAUAUUAUUCAAGCCGCAAGAAUCGCUCCGCAUAGUUCACUUCAACCAUUUCGGCGUUCCGGAAAUGAUCGAUGGCGAGCAGGUCGUUGCUAGCGACCAUUAUGGUGUAAGAGCAAGGAUUCAGUCCACGGAUGCUGCGGUAUCGAAUGAUGUGAAUAAGGAUCUGUCAUCAAAGCAGCUUAUCAUCGAAUACAGGCGAGCAGCGGGGGUCCUGGCAGACACCACAAGUUUACACUCCGUGCUUGAAACACAUGGUAUGUUCCCGAACGAAAAACAAGCUGGCGAAUGGCGCGACGCAUUCGCAAACCUUCAGAAUGUCCUAUUGGGUACAUUGGAGGACUCACACCAAGCGCAGCCUGACAUACCGUUGGUCAUAGUACCAGUUGGCUCGUACGCACUAGGUGUAUGGACGGCAGACUCAGAUAUUGACUGCCUUUGCAUUGGAACCAUCAGUUCCAAGACCUUCUUCAAGCUUGCUCGGCAACGGCUUUCCAAAGCCGAGAGUCAGGGUAUUAGGAUCUUGCGUAAGGUCGAAGCUAGUACAGGCACCAUGCUUGAGCUAUCCGUAAAUGGGAUACUCAUGGAUUUACAGUACUGUCCUGCCCCUCAAGUUGUCGAGAGGUGGCACGAGUUCCGUAACAUUCCAGCAUCAGAUCCGAUCUUCAACCUGUCUGUCCUUUCACUCCGCAAACUCAAGCCGUACCGCGAUCUACUGUACAUUCAACGUACACUGCCAUCACUUCCUGCAUUCCGCCUAGCUUAUCGCUGCAUUAAGUUAUGGGCUGUUCAGUGUGGAAUCUACAGUGCAAAGUUCGGUUUUCUUGGUGGCGUCCACAUCACGCUCAUGUUGUCCUGGGUAUGCAAGAAGCUGGGACACGACUAUGGCUCAGUCACGGCUGCAGACAUAGUCACAAGCUUCUUUCACCAUUACGCCCACUUUGACUGGACAAACGACAUCGUCUACGAUGCCAUUUACCACAAAACGCGACCGCGUUACUACCGCAGUACAAGAGAACCAAUGGUCGUGCUGGGUUAUCAUGCACCCAACUCCAACAUUGCUCAUACGGCUACUGUUCCUGGUCUGAAACUACUAGUCAAGGCCUUCAAGAACGCUGAGCAGCAGCUAUGCGAGCCAGGCAUUACGUGGGAAACGUUCUUCGGUGCCCCCUCAGCUCCGAGACCGGAAUUGAACAUCCCGCAUGGAGUUGCAAACUUUCUGCACGCUUACAACAACUUCAUCAAGAUUGACAUGCAGUUUUGGGGCCGAACGCUAGCAAAGGGCAAGAGUUUAGUUGGUUGGGUUGAGUCUCGGUGCAUAUCCCUAGUCAUAGACAUUCACAAAGCCAUACCCAACUCCGAAGUACAGAUCUGGCCCGCUCGUUUCGCCGAUAGCGAAUCAAAAGAUGUUGAUGACGGUAAAGAUUACCAAGGAUGUUACCUAAUCGGACUCUCGAAAGCUGAGAAGGCCGCUUCUGCAGCAAGUGCGGAGGAGAAGCAGGUAGCCAAGGAAGCUUUGGACAAGGUACUGGAUCGUUUCCUAACGCAGUUGCGCACCGACGAGAAGAACUUUGACCCAAACAUCUCGUGGAUUGAUGCAUCGCUAGUAAGGUCUAGCGAAGUCAGAGAUCUACAGCUGGAUGACCGGGAGUGGGGUGUCUAUGCCACGGAACUGGACUCGGACUCGGAUGACGAAGAAGACGUUAUCGACGAAGACCUCGAAGAUGCUGAUGACACAAAGCCUCAGCGUGCGAUACCUCAGCGUCCAAAGCCCACGUCGAAGCCUUUGUCGAGCACCAAACUACGUCCUGCAUCCGAUAUUCUCAACCGGCUACGUUGGGAUCCGAGUCUUGAUCCGAGCGAUUACAUAAUUGGAUAUGAGGACCGUUUCCUGGGCGCAAAGGAGACCGGACUCGAGAAAUGGAAGACUGAGCAAACAGAUGAGGAAUUCAUACCUCAGCACCGAAUACUAUAUUUCAAGAGGAAAGGUAGCGAGGACAGAAGGGGUGACAUAGUAUGGGAGAGAGCGACGAGGAUAGACAAGAUCUUUGGAAGCGGACUUGGUAACGGAGAUUGA